AUGAUGUCGAACUUCAUGCAGAAGAUCGAAGAGGCCGUAUCUGACUACCGUGAUCGAGACAAUAUGCCCACCGACGAGUCCAUUACCAGAGGUCCUGAUAUCUACGACUCUGGGAUGAUCGGCACCUACACGGCCAACGUCGGUCCUCACGAUUCUAAGGCGGCCAACAAGCUCGACUGUCGUGUGGACAGUGAUUUGGAUAGGCUGAGGAAGCAGGUUUAUCGCUGUAAGCCAAUUAUCAAGAUACUAACACAAGUUCUGUUGAAGACCGCCGAGCCCAGAAACCAGGCAUGGAAUUUCAGAACGUCGGCGGCACCACCACCAAAGGCACGAACGCUGGCAAUAUGCCCUUCUAUCGGGAAGCCUGGCACCUUCGGUAUAGACAACCAUGACGUCGACAAGAUAAAAUACAACAAGCCCACACAGCAGCAAAAAGCGCACACUUAG